AUGGGGGAUUCAGAGAACCAGGGCGAGCAGAAAGAGGAAGCUGCGGGCACAACGACGACGACGUCGUCGUCGUCAUCGUUGUCGUCGUUGCCAAAACUACCUGCCCCUCCGGAGCCUGAGAACGACAAGGGGAUUAUUCCCUCGAUCAAGAGUCCGUCGUUGGAAGGCCUUGACGAUCUCGCUCCCGAGAAUGUGGAUAUUUUCAAGCUGGAACCUGUGGCGGCGCUGAAACUGUUGUGUCGGAGCAUCGACACCCUCGUUCAAUUGACCGGCGACGUUCCUCCCACGCCGCCGGCUCGGAGUCGAGGGGCUUCCCCCGUGCGAAGUCUCUCGAGGCUGCGCGAGUCGAUGACACCCGCCACUGCCACGCAUACGCCCAAGAAGGAAAACGUCAAGCUCCGGCCGGCGGAGUCUGCUUCACAUCAGGAACAUAUCGAUGGAGUGCUGUUUGUGAAGACACCCAUAGGGUCACCUGAAGCACAUGAGCACGAACCCACCGCGGCCGCCAACAUCAUCGGUGCCAACGCCCAGCCUCUGUACAUCCAGCAUGGAGCUCUGGCGCGCAAGUUCUACUCGAAACGACCGCCUCCCAUUUCCACCGAAGACUAUCUCAUGCGCAUGCACAAAUACUGUCCCAUGUCAACCGCGGUGUAUUUGGCGGCCUCGCUCUACAUCACCCGUCUAGCCAUAACAGAGAAGAUCUUGCCCGUCACCCCGCGAAAUGUGCAUCGGUUGCUGCUGGCCACUCUGCGAGUAGCCAUGAAGGCGCUCGAAGACCUGUCAUGGCCCCACGCCCGCUUUAGUAAAGUCGGAGGCGUGUCAGAGGGCGAGUUGGGCCGGCUGGAAAUCACCUUUUGCUAUCUGAUCGACUUCAGCUUAAAAGUGGACGCUGAGAUGCUGCAACGCGAGGCGGAGAAUCUGUGUCAGCAGAACCGGUACGAGGCCGUCAUUUUUGAUUAUCCUUUCAGUCCGCUCGAACUGCGAAUGCCAGAGAAUGGCGGGGAUAGGAAAUCGAGAGGAGGAGCGGAGAAAAGAAAGGCCAGCAGCACGUUGCCCAGCAGGCCUAUUGUCCAGGUCGGCGCAGCGGGUAUUGAAGUGUUGGGUCAGUCUUGA